UAUGUCGGUCACGCGACCUUCAAGGACCCCAGCCAUAUGUGUGUACAUUGCUUGACACGCCGCUUUCAUUCUGAGCACAUGCAACCAUGAACAUCCUUGGGUGGCUAGUUCUCUGUGUCAGCAUUAAAGGGAGCUCCAGCGCCUGUUCGUCAUGCAGCAACAUUGCAAAGGAUCCUAAUAGCUACCACUCAGUCAGUUACCAUUCAUCGGAUGCUCGCAUAGAGAACCCGGGACGCGGCUUCUACCAACAUUUGGAGACCACAUCAAGUCACUUCUCACCUCUCACAGUCCAUUACUUGGACACUGUGCGGCGAGAUGAUGGCGUUAACAUCGGACUGAGGAUCUAUGUUCUCGACUCCUUUGUUCAUUCCUCCAUCAGCAAUACUUUCCUCACACACAUACGGGAUGAUCUUGACAUUGUGAAGGAUGCUGGCUGGACCGUGGCUCUGAGGUUCAGCUACACCAGUCACAGUCGCAGCACGGCCCCUUACGGUGACGCAACAAAGCAGUGGAUGCUGGAACACAUCAGGCAGUUGGGACCAAUAUGGAAAGCAUAUGAGGGUGUCAUAUCAGUGAUACAAGCAGGCUUCAUUGGCAUUUGGGGUGAGUGGUACUACACGACGUAUUUUGGCGACCCCAACCACUUGACCCAUGGUCUGUCAGCCACGAAUUGGCAGGAUCGGAGAGAUGUUCUGACCGCCAUUAUCGACAACUCACCCACUUCCAUUCCCGUCCAGGUUCGAACUCCGACUUACAAGAUGAAGAUUUGGAACAGCAACAGGCCUUCCAGCCUGGCAGACGUGGAGCGACAUACACACGCUGGGAGAACAGGUCACCAUAACGACUGCUUCCUAGCCUCCGAUGAUGACGUUGGUACAUACGAAAACGUUGCGACAGAAAAGUCGUAUCUAGCGAUUGACACGGAAUAUCUGCCAAUCGGUGGCGAAACAUGCGGAAGAGCUCCAUCAAAGCAUGGUAGUCACCGAAGUGAUUGCCCAACUGCGCUGAAGGAAUUGAAACAAUUUCACUGGUCCUUCAUCAAUAAGGGUUAUUCCCCUGAGGUGACGGGGGACUGGAAAUCUCAAGGCUGUUUUGUGCAGAUACACAGGGACCUUGGUUACAGGUUAUCUCUGAAACAGGCAGUGUUUCCAACAAAGGCCGAGCAUGGAGGUACCCUGUGUUUCCACCUGGUCCUCAGUAACACAGGUUACGCAGCGCCCUACAAACCCUGGACCGUCAAGCUCAUUCUCAAAGCUAACUCUGGUGGCGGAUUCUACUCGGCUUCACUGCCAAAUGUUGACGUGAGAGAAUGGACCGCUGGACAUGACCAUGCUGUAGAUGGGAGCAUCGGCGUACCACCAUCUGUACAUGGGGGGUCGUAUAAGGCUUAUCUGGCUAUAUAUGACGAGAAGAUGAAGACCCAUGCUGACUAUUACGUGUUGCUGGCAAAUACAGAUGUCCCCGACUUUGCUGCUGGUAUCAACGACCUCAAGGCUACUGUGCAGGUAACUGGUUCCGGUACCCACGCCCCCACUGGCUGCCCCACCCUGUCGCCAUGGACGCCGCCCUCAAGGAGCAAAUACAGCAGGGUGUUUGGGAAAGACUCUGUAACCUCACACCAGUCGUGUCAGAAAAUAACGGUUCCGAACAACUCCUUCGAAAACGGCGCAUCAGACAAAACAUGGCUGCCAUACCAUGGAGGAUUUACUGUGACAACUUCCGGUGCUCAUAGCGGCUCACAUGCUAUAAGCGUAACAAAUGGCGGUGCAUCACAUUUGUUUACCUUUAGUCCUCCGAUACACAGCUUCCUUCUGACUGCCUACAGUAAACACAGCGGGACUUCACUGUCCAAUGAUCCCAGUGAUUACAGCGUGUACUGCGACAUCACGAGGCCUGAUGGUCAGAGGGUGUGGGGCAAGUACGCCCCCUUCCAUAACGGCGUGACAACCUGGCAGAGAGUGGACCUCAGGGUGCACGUGUCAGAGGGAAUCUCUCAAGCUCACUGCUACCUCUUGUACCGAAACAUCAAACAAGGGUCAGCACUCUUCGAUGACGUCGCAAUGUGGUCUGCACCACAGGGAACUGAUGUUAACGACUGUUGAUUGUGAUGAACAGAUUCUGCAAUGUAUGUGACACGUUAUGGCGCUUCAAGAUAAUAUACUGAAAGCACAAGGCAUUAUGUCUAUGCAUGUUCUAAAACA